GUCCAAUAGGCGUCAAAUAUAUCUUUUCUUGCUUUAACAAACGCACAUACGUAUCUACAAAGUUAAAGAAAUGCAGCGCUUACUCUGCAAUUCGUAUCUUCGGCAUGCUGUGCCGUUGCACUUCGCCACAUUCGCGAUGCACUCCCCCCUUACCAUCCCCCCCUCUAGGGUUGGUCGUCUUAUGCAGUGGGUUAGUGCCCCCUCUAUGCGCUGCCUUAGCACCUCAACUUCGGACGGGAGUAUCGACGGGACAAUGCAGGCCCCUACCGACCCCUUACCCUCGGAAACGGAAACUCUCGACAAGCUAAUUCGAGGUCUUUCCGAUGAAGAUCAGCGUCUCAUCUACAGCGCCCUGACGGACCCUGAGAGUCAGAAGAGCUCUAUCAUGGGUGGCAGCGGCAUCGGGCCGAAUGGAAGCGAUAUGGUAGCUGCCUUUACAUGCGGGCGUUGCGAACACCGUAUGGUGAAGAAAUUCUCUAAACACGCGUAUACACGGGGUAUCGUGAUCGUAGAAUGUUCGGAGUGUCAUGUGAAGCACCUCUUGGCGGAUAACCUCGGCUGGAUCGAUGACGAGGCCAGAAAUAUUGAGGAUAUCUUGCGCGAGAAAGGGGAAAAAUUCAUAAAGAUAGGCGGUGGUGACUAUCAAGUAUUACCAAAGCCAGAGGAAGGUCGGUGACGACAGAGUUGUGAAGGGGAAAAUGCAUGCACUUUUUCCCGUGAAAGGUGCAUUUCUUAGUUGUUGUGCUACUUGUCAUCCAUAUACUUUGGGUGCAUGCGUGUAUUCGAUAUUGUUUUAUAUAACACUGCUUUAGUAUAUAUCCAAAGUUUUCCCUAAGUAAAAGAUAAUAAUAGACAAGCUCGCUUAAGUAAGGAAGGCCGGUUGGAAAAAGGGCGUGGAAACAUAGUAUUGGCAUCCCUUUCCUCGUGCUACCGAUGAUCCGAAAUAUGCAUAGUUAGAGGGAAGGUGUGAAUAUAGUUAU